AUGACACUUGAACCCAACAUUGCCAAUAUGUUUACCAUCCCAUUCCAACCAGUUCUAACUGUUGAGCCUAGUUGGCAGUCUCAGGUGAUACAAGCUACACCUGUGUCUGAGUUGAUACAAGCUACAUCUGUGUCUGAGUUGAUACAAGCUACACAAGCUACACCUGUGUCUGAGUUGAUACAAGCUACACCUGUGUCUCAGUUGAUACAAGCUACAUCUGUGUCUGAGUUGAUACAAGCUACACAAGCUACACCUGUGUCUGAGUUGAUAGAAUCUACAACUGUGUCUGAGUUGAUACAAUCUACAACUGUGUCUGAGUUGAUACAGGCUACACAGGCUACACCUGUGUCUGAGUUGAUACAAGCUACAACUGUGUCUGAGGUAAUACAAGCUACAACUGUGUCUGAGUUGAUACAAUCUACAACUGUGUCUGAGUUGAUACAAGCUACACCUGUGUCUGAGGUGAUACAAGCUACACCUGUGUCUGAGUUGAUACAAGCUACACCUGUGUCUGAGGUGAUACAAGCUACACCUGUGUCUGAGGUGAUACAAGCUACACCUGUGUCUGAGGUGAUACAAGCUACACCUGUGUCUGAGUUGAUACAAGCUACACCUGUGUCUGAGUUGAUACAAGCUACAACUGUGUCUGAGGUGAUACAAGCUACACCUGUGUCUGAGGUGAUACAAGCUACACCUGUGUCUGAGGUGAUACAAGCUACACCUGUGUCUGAGGUGAUACAAGCUACAACUGUGUCUGAGUUGAUACAAGCUACAACUGUGUUCAGUCAACAGAGGUGGAUUGGUGACACAGGCACUUUACAGAGGUGGAUUGGUGACACAGGCACUUUACAGAGGUGGAUUGGUGACACAGGCACUUUACAGAGAUGGAUUGGUGACACAGACAAUUUACAGAGGUGA